AGGUGCCCGGCCGGGGCAGCGAGGUUGUUUGCCGGCGCUGGGCAGCUCGCUGGAGCCGUCGGAGCGGAGCGGAGCUGCGAUGCGUCGCGCCAGCCGAGACUACACCAAGUACUUGCGCGGCUCCGAGGAGCUGGGCAGCGGCGCCGCCCACGAGAGCGCCCCGGCGCCGCCGCCGCCCCCGCCGCCCCCGCCGCCAGCAUCCCGCUCCCUCCUCGUCGCCCUCGUCCUCCUGGGGCUGGGGCAGGUGGUCUGCAGCGUCGCCCUCUUCCUCUACUUCCGAGCUCAGAUGGACCCUACUAGAAUUUCAAAAGAACAUGCACACUGUGUCAGAACCCUUUUUGGACACCAAGAAAGUGCAGAUUUGCAUGAUGCCUCCUUUGAAAGUCAAGAAGCGAAGUUAAUGCCAGAAUCCUGUAGAAGUGUGAAACAGGCUCUCCAAAGGGCUGUGCACAGGGAAGUCCAGCGUGCUAUGGGAAGAACGCCACCAAGACCAGAAAAAGCUGCAAUGGAGGCAUUAGGACUUGAACUGUACAAGAGGAACAAACCUGAGAAGCAGCCAUUUGCCCAUCUCAUUAUUGAUGAUAAGAAUAUUCCAUCUGGAACUGGCAAAGUGAACCUCACAUCCUGGCAUCAUGACAAAGGCCAGGCAAACUUAUCAAAUAUGACAUUCAGUGAUGGAAAACUAAUUGUUAAUCAAGAUGGAUUUUACUAUCUUUAUGCCAAUAUUUGUUUUAGACAUCAUGAAAUUUCAGGAAACUUGACUAAAAGAGGGCUUCAGUUGAUGGUGUAUGUGAUUAAGACAAGCUUUAAAAUAAGGCGCUUUGAUGUGUUGAUGAAGGGAGGAAGCACCCAAUACUGGUCAGGGAGCUCAGAAUUUCAUUUUUAUUCUGUAAAUGUAGGGGGGUUUUUUAAAUUAAAAUCCGGUGAAAUGAUAAGUAUCCAGGUAUCAAACCCAUUGCUACUGGAUUCUUCGCAAGAAGCAACUUAUUUUGGAGCAUUUAAAGUUAGGGAUUUAGAUUGACUCUUUCUUUAGUGUGCUGAAAAUUGUCUGAGUUUUUAGUUGUCCAACAACAACUUGAAGAACUGAAAAUCUUCUGCAACCCAGUUACAUCUGUAUAAGCCAUAUAUCUCUAAAGACACGUUUUUGUCCCACACAGGCUCCACAGGAGUCCUGCAAAUGUAUGGAAGGACAAAAUUACACAGUUCUCCUGAUUUAGUCUUAAAGCAGUUUUACUUCAUUUGUCUCCACUGGCCUCACAAGAGUCAGUGUGCCCUUUGCAUUUGUAGUUGAAAUCAGAACAAUUAAUAUUAUUGAGCUUCUGUUUCCAGGUUCUGCCCUGAUUGCUAGUUUUGGUGCAAACAUAUGGCAGGACAGAGCUUGGCUCCCAACUUGCAUUCAGAGCUCUGUUUUACUUGGGGUUGAGUAUUCUGACCCUGAGACAGCAAAGAUGAUGAAAGUGUGACUAAUCCCAUUGCAUUUGAUGUGGCUUUUCAUGUGUUGAAUUGGGGCUGAUUUUGCUUUGCUGGAUUAGGGUUGGAGAGCUCAGACCAUGGCAGAAAAGGGUUGGAGAACACCUAAACAGUUCAACUUAACUUUUACCUGAUUAAAGGGGCCAUUCCAGGAAGAAGGGAGAUCAUCUGGCCUUGCAGUUCUAAAAAAAGUUAAUUACAGGUCAUGUUAUUAUUGUUGCACAGUUAAUUGCAAAUAUAGAUUGCCAAACUAUGGUGUGCCUUUGAAGUAUUACAUUGUGCCAGAACCUGCAAAGACAUUUUUUAAACAAAAAGUAUGUAUUUUUAUAUUCUGUAAUAUCUAAAGUUAUAUUUCAGGUGUAAUGUUUUGUGUAAAAAAAAAUGUAAAUUAUAUUGUCCUAUAGUAUUUGUUACAAAAUAUUUAAAAUCUCUUGCUGUUUGUAUAUUUAAUGUUUUAAACUGUUUUUAUGUACAGACAUGUUAAACUGGUGCACUUUUUAGUCCCAAUGGGAAAAAAUGCAGCUAUAAGAGGUUGUUUGCAAUUAGCAAAUGUAAUAUAUAUCUUUGUUCUUCUUAACUUAAUGGAUUUCUUUUAAACUUGUCAGUAUUAAGGGAGGCGAAAUCACAUCAAUGCCAUGAGUAAUUACACCAGAAUGCUGGUCACGGGGUGCCUUUCAAACCUGGAGGGUAAUUAAGCUGGUAUUAUGUAAAAAUGAAAUAAAAAAAAAAUAAAAAUAUACAUAGUAAGCCCCAGAAAUGUUUCAGGGGUAUUUAUAGUUUCUGAACAGGCAUAUUUUUCUACAACAAAAUCUGCCAGUGUUACAUUCUGCAAUUGAACAGUAAGUUUUUUAGCUUAGUUUCCUGAAAAAGUGAAGCUUAUGUCAUUGCAUUGCCUGUUCUUGUCUCCCACUGUAGCUUUUAAAGCUCUGCACCCUUCUGCCAGCUUUGGCAGAUGAAUGGCAGAGUUAAGAGAUAUUCUUGCAGGUUUUAUGAGGACAGACAGCUGAGAACAACUCAGCCAUUUAUACAUUAUUUGUCAGUGGCUGGCCACUGUUCGUUUUAGCCAAGAGAUUAACUGGGGAGACUCCUGCAGCGUGAGUUGUCGCUUGUGCAGUGCUUGGCCAAGGGAGGUGGGUGGGAGGAAUCUGAGGGUGGGUACAGGGGCCAGAGGGGAGGGCUGCAAAUACUGAGGUGAUUAAAUUUAGAGCACAUGUGGACAGGGAACAGCAGCUUGGUGGGUAAGAGGAUGAGGGAGGGUUUUGAAGUGUUUGUGUGCUCUAUGGGUGAUGUGGGGAAAGCCCACUAUUUAUUGCAGUAGAAAUCAAAUCUGUGGGAGUUGGGGCUUCAUACAAAUCCUCAGGCUUUUUAAAAUAUUUUUUUUUUGUUAAAGGAACUGAGUUGAAUUCAAGCAAUUAUUUUAUACUGUAUAAUAAACAUUUCUUUUUAAUGUUAA